AUGUCACCAAAAACAGAAACUAAAGCAAGUGUUGGAUUCAAAGCUGGUGUUAAAGAUUACAGAUUGACUUAUUACACUCCUGAUUAUGAAACCCUUGCUACUGAUAUCUUGGCAGCAUUCCGAGUAACUCCUCAACCUGGAGUUCCGCCUGAGGAAGCAGGAGCUGCGGUGGCUGCCGAAUCUUCCACUGGUACAUGGACAACUGUGUGGACCGAUGGACUUACCAGCCUUGAUCGUUACAAAGGACGAUGCUACCACAUCGAGCCUGUUGCUGGGGAGGAAAAUCAAUAUAUUGCUUAUGUAGCUUAUCCUUUGGACCUUUUUGAAGAAGGUUCUGUUACUAACAUGUUUACUUCCAUUGUGGGUAAUGUAUUUGGGUUCAAAGCCCUACGAGCUCUACGUCUGGAGGAUCUGAGAAUUCCUCCUGCUUAUUCUAAAACUUUCCAGGGCCCACCUCAUGGAAUCCAAGUUGAGAGAGAUAAAUUGAACAAGUAUGGUCGUCCCCUAUUGGGAUGUACUAUUAAACCAAAAUUGGGGUUAUCCGCAAAGAACUAUGGGAGAGCGGUUUAUGAGUGUCUCCGUGGUGGACUUGAUUUUACCAAGGAUGAUGAAAACGUGAACUCCCAACCGUUUAUGCGUUGGAGAGACCGUUUCUUAUUUUGCGCCGAAGCUAUUUAUAAAGCGCAGGCCGAAACAGGUGAAAUUAAAGGACAUUACUUGAAUGCUACUGCAGGUACAUCCGAAGAAAUGAUCAAAAGGGCGGUAUGUGCCCGAGAGUUGGGAGUUCCUAUCGUAAUGCAUGACUACUUAACAGGGGGAUUCACCGCAAAUACUAGCUUGGCUCAUUAUUGCCGAGACAAUGGCCUACUUCUUCACAUCCACCGCGCAAUGCAUGCAGUUAUUGAUAGACAGAGGAAUCAUGGUAUUCACUUCCGUGUACUAGCUAAAGCGUUGCGUAUGUCUGGGGGGGAUCAUAUUCACUCUGGUACCGUAGUAGGUAAACUGGAAGGGGAACGAGAUGUCACUUUGGGCUUUGUUGAUUUACUACGUGAUGAUUUUAUUGAAAAAGACCGGAGUCGCGGUAUUUAUUUCACUCAAGAUUGGGUAUCUAUGCCAGGUGUUCUGCCCGUGGCUUCAGGGGGUAUUCACGUUUGGCAUAUGCCUGCCCUGACCGAGAUAUUUGGGGAUGAUUCCGUGCUACAGUUCGGUGGAGGAACUUUGGGACACCCUUGGGGGAAUGCACCUGGUGCAGUAGCUAAUAGGGUAGCUUUAGAAGCGUGUGUACAAGCUCGUAAUGAGGGACGUGAUCUUGCUCGUGAAGGUAAUGAAAUUAUUCGUGAAGCUAGCAAAUGGAGUCCUGAACUGGCUGCUGCUUGUGAGGUAUGGAAAGAGAUCAAAUUUGAAUUCGAAGCAAUGGAUGUCUUGUAA